AUGCUGAAACGAUGGCUCAGUAGGUCGAGCAAGAGGAAAUCCAGUGCUAAGGAUGAUUCCGAUACGAGUUCAAACUCAGUCGUGGAAGUAAAUUACCAUCAUGAGGCUGUUCAAUCUACAGAUUCUUUUCUAAAGCCAGUACGGGGAAAGUCCAUGAGUAAGAGCAAGAUUCCCUCCGCGGUCGGUUAUAAUCAGACACAGAGUUCUCAGUCCAGCGAUAAACGCAGUGUUUCUGAGCAAUACACUGGAAAUGAUACUGCGAUUAGCCUGCUAAGCACUUCGUUAGAUACAGCUUUCGAUGCAAGCUCUCCCGGGCUUCUAUUCACGAAUGUAACCGAGAGCAUGCCAUUUGGCGAUGGAUCUAAUAAGGUAUUUGGAUAUGAAAACUUUGGGAACACUUGUUAUUGCAACUCGGUAUUGCAAUGUCUGUAUAAUCUGACUGAGUUCCGGCUGCAGCUGCUGCAAUAUCCGGAAAGAGAUCCCACAGCAAAAAGGAAACGGAAGUCUGAGAUGCCGGGCAAUAAGCCUAGAUAUUUCACGGAGUCGAGCUUCCAGCAUGUUAACUUCGGACAUGAAAGCGGGGGCAAUGGACACCACCACCAUCAUCACGAUGCAAGAAGCGUCGACGCCAACCACGGCACACUCAAUGGCAACAAUCGUAUAAAUGGCAAAGAUAAUGAACACAAUGGAGGUCCAGACGGCGAGGACAGCAACGAACGACCAGAUAGUAAAAAUAGCAAUGAUGGCCAUAAGCCUAACUUCCUGCAAAGGCGAAACUCUUCCUUCCUGUUCAGGAAGCUUGACAAUACAACAAAGGAGAACUCUGAGACCCAAAGUAAAGAAGCAACUGGGCCCGUGCAUGCGACGCUCAUGGCAUCGGACGCCAUGAGCGAAAAGCUUCAUGAAGAGUCACGAAAUGUAAUAGUGGGUAGACCACUUACAGUAACCAGCUCAUACCCCGAAGGCAAUCAAACUGCUACUGGCACCGGGACAGCAAUCAAGCAUCCCGGGUCUGAACAUGUAGCUAAUAACAUAGAGGCUACCCAAGAUACGGCAACUCAGCAGAAAACUCACAAGGUUUUCUCUAGUGAACAACGGAAGAAAGCUGCAUUGAUACGAGGGCCGGUGUUGAACAUUGACCACCAGCUGGACGAAUCCAACGUUUCAAACCUAUAUUACGGUCUCAAGGAUAUAUUCGAAAGUAUUACUGAGAACCUGUCGCUAACCGGGGUGGUCUCACCAAUCUGCUUUGUGGACACACUUAAAAGGACCAACGUCCUGUUUAAUACUACGAUGCACCAGGAUGCCCAUGAAUUCUUGAAUUUUCUCCUUAAUGAAUUGAGCGAAUUCAUACAGCAAGACAUCGAUAAAACCACUGAUCCCGCAAGAACAUACACAAAUUUUAUAAACAGCCUCUUCCAGGGAACGUUGACUUACCGCAUCAAAUGUUUGACGUGUGAUAACACUACAUCUCGGGAUGAACCUUUCCUAGAUUUCCCAAUCGAGGUGCAUGAGGAAGAGGAGACCGAUAUUCAGGCGCUUCUCCAGAGCUAUCAGCAGCGCGAAAUGCUCUCUGGUUCCAAUAAGUUCUAUUGUAAUGAGUGUUGCGGGUUGCAAGAGGCUGAAAGGAUGGUUGGGCUGAAACAAUUACCUCACAUUUUGGCUUUGCAUUUAAAGAGAUUCAAGUACUCAGAGGAGCACAAUUCCAACAUCAAGCUUUUCAAUAAGAUCCAUUAUCCCCUGAUACUCAACGUUUGUUCAUCCUUCUGCUCUUCAGUGCGCAAGAAAUACGAAUUGGCCGGCAUUGUGGUGCAUAUGGGGGGAGGACCCCAACAUGGGCACUACGUGUCUCUGUGCAAGAACGACAAGUUUGGCUGGUUACUAUUCGAUGACGAGACAGUGGAAGUCGUCAGUGAGAGUACCGUGCUCAAGUUCAUAGGAGACAAAGAGUCUUUAACCACGGCAUAUGUUCUGUUUUACAAGGAAUUGAUUGACGAAGAAAAGUACGCUAAAGAGGACGAUAAAAACGAAUUUGAGGAGAACAUCGAGCAGCUGAUAUCUUGUGAUGACCUUAUCAGAUUGACGUCCCAGAAGGCGAAUGCACAGAAGAUGGCAAGCGCUGCGGUAGAGGAGGCACAAGAACAUGAUAAGGACGAGAUUCACUCGGAACGUAAAGGAUCAUCGUCAUCCUCAAAAAAGUCAAGACCUAAAUCAAAGCUGUUUAAUUUCAUGAGGAGUUGA